CUGGCCUAAACCAAGGCCUAAACCAUGCCUAAACCUGGCGCAUUUUGUCUUAACUUUGUUUCACUGAACCUUUAUUUUUACUGCUGAAGCUCAAGGUGCAGUAUAUUGACUGCAAAUCUGAAGUCAUGACAGCACUCAGCUCCAAAAAGUCCUUAAGCUUUGUUUAUCACAGUAAGGGAGUGAGCGGCAGCAAUGGAGGUGUGUCCAGCUGAGCCGCCAGCGCCGCCCGGCGUCCGUGGGAAGCAGACGUACUCAGCGAUCCAUGGGGAGCGGCCGGGGUCCCCGACACCAGUCUGCCCGCCGGCGGCCGGUGUGACGCUCCGCCGCGAUGCUCACGUCGUGGGGCAGGGUGACGCUGCUGGUCGGGGCGCUGGUGUCGCCGCGAAAGACCGUCUGGGAGUGCAAGAACGAGCUCUGGGUGCGCCACGACGCCCUCUGGGUGCCGCAGGGGGACGGCUGGACGCGCCGCAACGGCCUGUGGACACGCGAGAACGGCAACUGGGUGCGCAAGCAGCAGUGCUGGCGCCGCCAGGAGGACGGCCACUGGACGCGCGACCUGGAGACGUGGCGGCGCGCCGAGCAGACGGGCGUGUAGUGCCGCGACACUGGCGCUCCGAGUCGGACUUGGCCGGCUCCUCGGAGGGCGCCGAGCCGCCCGCCGACAGCGACUCGGACUCGGAGGCGGUCGGGGCGCGGCAGCGACAACCGUGGCGCAGCGAGACUCACCUGGCGCCGGCGGCCGGCCGCGGCACCCUGUCGCAGCGGCACCGCAGCCAGCCGUGUCUGCUGGCGGCGCGGCCCGACUACAGCGCAGUGUCCAGUCGCGUGGCCGCCUACAUCCAGCGGCGCCGACAGCAGGACCGGGCCGCGCGGGCGCGCCGCCGCCGCGACUCGGACCGUUCACCCGACCCGGCGGCGGACGCCGAGCCGGAUGUAUCCGCGGGCGGCGCCGAGGCCGGCGACACGGCCACGCCGGCCGCAGACUGUCGGGCGCUGGCCGAACGGCUGGCGGCCGAGCGGGCCGAGCGGAAGGAGCGCGAAAGGCAGCUCGAGCAGCUGCAGAGUCAGUACGAGCAGCUGGUGACCAAGUACGCCGAGGCCGAGACGUACAUCGACAGGAUGAGGUUCCAGCGGCCCAUGGGCGCAGGGCGGCCUGGCAGCCAGGCGCCGAGACCGUCCUUUCACGCCAGUGACGGCUGGGAAGUCCAUGAUGGAAAGAUGAUUAUGAUCUCGCCCAAUGAAACGCACACUAGUCAGAGUUCUCGGUUCUCCCGGCUCAGCGGUGUCAAGAGUGCAAUUUUGAGACGGCACAGCGAUGAGGAGUCUAGUUUUCUGAGAUUUGUCAAGUCGAAGAAGGAAUUGUUCCCAGAGGGUGUGGGAUCAAAGGACUCUAGUUUUUCUGAGCGUGGUAGUGUUGAUUUAAACGAUAGUGUGAAGAAUCUCGUUGAGGAAGGCCACCUUUAUCACAUGCGCUGUUCGCCGGUGUCUGUCUCCGGAUGUGUGCUGGGCGGCGAGCGGUCUCCGUCAGCUGAGCUCCGGGCCGCACCUGCCGGCUGGGGGCCCACCUCGGCUCCGCCUGUCCUGCCCCAGUACCACAGUCGGCACCGCCACCCGUCCCAGGCACUGGACUCCGGAGACGACGACCGGACCGGGAGAUAUCGGCGAGAGGGAGAGGGGACGGGAGAGACGGGACGCGUGCAGAGCGGCGAGGAGGGAGAGGGAGAGGAAAAGGAGGUGAGGGAACGAGAGAAGCAGGUACGGAGGUCUUCGGGAUCAAAGAAAGGAAGAGGAAGCACAGGGUCCUCAGCGCAUAAUCGGGCUGUGAAGGCAGAUGUCCGUGAUGAGAAGUGGCACUUUGAGAAUGGCGUGAGUAUUCGUGUAGGAAGUCGAUCACGUGGUUCUUCAUCGGAGGACUUGCAUCGGUCACGUGGAGAGUAUGAAGGUCAUGCUGAGCAGUCACAUGACCUGUCGGCGGAACAUCAUCACCGGUCACGUGAUUCCCCAUCUCUGAAUCUGAACGAGUCACGUGACCAUUCCAUAGAGAAAGAACUGAGUUCACAGGAUUCCGAGCCAUCACCCUCGUCCGUGUCAUCACGUGACCCUUCGCCGGAGCAGCGGCAUUCGUCACGUGACUCGGACAUGGUCAGUCCAGAACCGAGACCGAACAAGAUGCACGGGUCAAAAUCGCACAAGCAUCACUGUCUUUCCAACUCGGCCGAGGAAAACUCUGUGGGGAGCCGCCAGUCGUCGAGUGACCGUAAAAGGAAGACGCGCUCACUGUCACAUGAUAUUGUGCCGAGUCCCCGUCCCCAACCCCGCGUAUCGUCUCCAAGAGACUCCCGUUCAUCUCUGAUCUCAGAGCACUAUGCUCCGUCCGUGUCGCGGAUCUCAGAGCACAACAAUCCGUCCGUGUCGCUCACCGCUUCCCGGGCUUCUCGAUCUCAUAUCUCUGACGGCAGUGAAUCACCAAGACACAGUGACAGACACGCCAAGCGCCGUCCGAUGUCGAGCUCUCUGUCCCGCCUCUAUCGCCGUCGGCGCCGCCGCUCCUCCUCCGAGCCUGGCUUCCGCGGCGCGUCCCACACCUCCACCGACACAGCCGCGGCAGUUCAGCCCGCGUCCAAAGACCCUCCGGCGUCCCGUGACCGCUUGCAGGGCGUGCUGAGUGUGCUGGCCUCACAGGUGGAGGUGAUUCAGGCGAUGGUGGCACACCGCGGCCGGUCCAGCCGCACGGCGCGCCGCUGCCGCAGCCUGUCGCGCAGGAUCUCACGGAAUAGGGUGUCUGUCUCACCAGGAGGAGUGUUAGACCGCGCGGAGGUAGUGGGUGUGCCCGUGACGAGGAGGGUGACGAGCAAAGGGCGUUAUGAAGGAGAGGAUGCCGGGUGUGAGCGGUCAGAAUCUGUCGGCAGAAGAGUCGUGGACUGGUCAGGUGGAUGUACUGCGGUGGACUGGACGGGUGGACAGUCGGUGGUGGAUAGGACAGGUGGACGCGGCGAGGGCGAGACGCCGACCGGUCGGAGGAGUAACAAGAGCGCCGUUGAGCCGGCUCGGAGCUGUGCUAAGGCGGCUGCCUGCCGUGAAGAGCGAUCUCAGUCUCCUAGUCGGUGUGCUGGUCAGAACGGCGGUGAUCCGGCGCCUCAGGAGCUGCCAGUACGACGACGCCACCCUGCCGGUGUCGGCUCGGUACCGGAGGGGGACCUCGCCCUGGGCCGACUCUCCCCUCACAGCGUCAGUGACGGCGGAGUGCCGCCACAGGACGGGCGCGCAGAGCCCUCUGCCGGCACGGGCGGCGCUGCCGAGCGGUGUGUGGCGCCCCCUGCUGGCUGUCAGCCGGGCGGCUUCCGGGGGUCGGCGUCUGCCGAGGGGGACGCUCAGAGGACAGCCGUGCCGCCCCUGCCGCUGUCUGAGCUGGAGUCGGAGCACGGAGACGGAGCCGGCUCUUACUGCAGCCUGAUGUCGCCGCGCACAGUCAGCCCGACCAGGAAGGUGGAGCAGUGGCGGGCGCGGCUGGCAGAGGUGUCCCCGGAGCCCCCUCCUGACGGGCGGCCGGCCGCCGGCGAGCCCACACCCUGCCGGCCCGGUCCCGAGCUGCGGCGGCUGGCCGGAGCCGUGCGCGGUCUCCAGCGUCAGAUGAGCGGCUUCUGCCGACUGGUGGACGAGCUGCGCACGCCAGUGACGCCCGUCACUCCCGUCACGCCCGGGUCUCCCGGCUCCUCGGAGGCGAGCGGCGCGCGCCGGCGGCGCCGCUACCUGCGCGAGCGGCGCGGCCUCCAGCUGCCGCUGCUGCCCGACAAGCCGGCGCCGCUGGCCGCCGAGCCGGCUCGCCUGCAGUGCUCGGCGCCGCCGCCGGCCCGCCGCUGGGACAUCCGCCGGCCGGCACCGCGCCGCGCUGCCAGCUGCGAGCGGGCCGUGCAGACGGAGACGGAGGCGGCGGCGCCGACGGCGUGUCAGCCGCGUCCAGCGGCGGUCUCCCGUAGUGACGGGGAGCUCACAUCGGCCACGGCCUCCGCUAAGCAGUACCGAGACGUUCUCGCCCCGUGGGACCGGGCCAGCCUGCUCGCCAGAGAGGUGAACCUGCGCUCGCGCUGUAUCCUGGAGGGCGUGAUCCGCUCUACCGCCUGCUGAACGCACACAGGCGUGCCCACAGGCGCAGCGACCAACACCGCCCGCUGCAGCACUGCCUCCAACGCAGAUACGUGCCAUUCCCAUAUGCAUUCCGUGGGUCAGUAUUUUAUUUUGCAGCUCAUGCUCACCAUAGCGAUAUUCUAGUCUCUCAAACGUUUGAUCUCAUAGUAUUGGAAUGUUCAGGGUCGAAGGCGUCAAGUUUUCGUAAGCCCAGUGUUGAAAGAUGUUCUGAAGUCUUAUUUAUUUAUGUUAUGGAACGGAGAAAUAUACUGUGCGAUUGCUCAA